AUGUCUGGUCUCGAUCGCACAAAGUACGAGUCUACGAACUUGCACGGCUACUACGGGUACACGGACACCCUGAAAGGCGUCUACUACGGACCAGGAUCUCUGGUGACUGCACUCCCGAAGCUUCUGAAUCUCCUGGGAGCCAAGAAGGCACUCGUCGUCACAGGCAGGAGUCUGCAUGAAAAGACGGACGUAGUGCGGAAGGUAGAGAACAUCCUGAAGCAGCACAACGCGUACGGCGCGACGUUCUUCGAGAUCGGGCAGCACGCCCCCGUCGCAGGCAUCCAGAACGGCCUGAAGCUAUUCAAGGAGGCGGGCGCGGACGUGAUCGUUUCGGUCGGCGGCGGAUCGCCCAUCGAUGCGUCCAAGGCGAUCCUCUACUUCCACCAGCAGGAGUCGGGCGGGCAGUACCUAUACCAGAUCGCCGUCCCUACCACGCUGAGCGCAGCGGAGUACACGAUAGGUGCGGGAUAUUUGAACGAGCAGGGCGCGAAGGUCGCCGUGAGCUCGCAGGAACUCUCGCCCGCUGGGAUCAUCCUUGAUGCCGAGCUCACCCUCGCGACGCCGGAGAGGCUCUGGCUCUCCACCGGAAUGCGCGCGGUCGACCACGCGGUCGAGAACUUGUACAGGCCCCUCGUUCCUCCACCCAUCAAGCACCUGUGCUAUGCGGCCCUAGCGGAUCUUUUCAAGUAUCUUCCGGAGUCGAAAGCGAAGCCUGAUGCGGUCGACAUUCGGCAGAAACUGCAGCUCGCGGCAUGGAUGAGUCUCUGGCCAUUGAAAUUGGAGAGAUACAGUGCCUUGGGUCUGUCUCACUCACUGGGACACAAGCUCGGAGGCGCGUACGGUAUCCCGCACGGGAUCACCUCGUGCCUGACGCUCGCGCCUACGGUGGCGCUCAAAGCCGAGAUAGCGUCCGCGGAGGACAAAGAGUGGCUCUCCGGCGCGCUCUUCUACCUGCGCGAGCCGUCCACGGGCACCGUCGACGGAGACAUACUUAAGUUGUCCGGGUUGAUCGACAAGCUGGUGGUGGACCUCGGUCUGAAGUCCAACCUGGAGGAAUACAAGGUGCCACCGGCAGACGUCCCCAAAAUCGCUGAGCUGGCUGUGGGCAGCAGGGACGAUCCGACGUACCCCAAAGCGGUGAAGUUGCUGGAAGGCCUGUAUCCCAAGAACUGA